CCGCACCCCGGAAUUUUUUUUUUUUUGAGACCACCGCACCCCGGAAAUUUCCCAAGCCGAAAUCGCAACAGGAAGGGGAGCACGCGAACGCAAAACCCUAGCCCACUGCUCCGCCGGAUUCCCCUCCUCCUCCCCCUCCCUCGCUCGCCGCCUGUCUCCGCUGCGCCCGCGGCUCUCCCCCUCCGCUCCAAGGAGCACAGGCCUCUCGCCGCGCCGUUCGCCCACCGCCACCACCGGGUCACCGCCAGCCAUGUCCUCUCAGGUCGAUAGCCGCAGCCAGUCCGCUGGGAAGCGCGCGCGCACCGACGGCAGCCGGCGUGAGGACGACUGGGUUUGCCCCAGCUGCAAGAACGUCAACUUCGCCUUCCGCACCACUUGCAACAUGCGCAACUGCAACCAGUCCAGGCCAGCAGAUCACACGAAGGCCAUGCAGAAGCCUAUGCAGACUCCGCCCCACUACGCCGCGUCUGGGGGUUACAUGGGCCCAGGGACGCCGCCGUCGAUGUACCUUGGUGGGGGUGCUCCCCCAUAUGGCUCCUCCAUGUUUAAUGGGCCUGCAAUGCCGCCGCGCUAUGGUAUUCCUCAGUUCCAUGGGAGUUCUGCGUAUCCAUAUGGAUAUGGUGGUCGCAUACCGAUUGGUAGCCCCUAUGGGCCGAUGCAAAUGGCCGGGCCACCUCCAUAUUCUGGUGGAUCUAUGAUGGGAGCAGGUGGAAUGUAUGGAAUGCCCAUGGACAGAUAUGGCUUAAUUCCUGCUAGUCCUGGUGCAAUGGGUACAAGGGCUGGCUCAUAUUCUGAUGAAGGUUCCCAGAAGAAGCCUGCAGGAGCUGGCCGUGAUAAUGAUUGGGAGUGUCCAAAUUGCCAUAACAUCAACUUUGCCUUUCGCACAGUCUGUAAUAUGAGAAAGUGCAACACACCAAGACCAGAAAACCAGGGAUCUAAACCUGAUGGUUCAAGAGGCUCAAAACAAAAGAUGCCAGAGGGCAGUUGGAAGUGCGAGCAGUGCAAUAACAUAAACUAUCCUUUCCGAACAAAAUGCAAUCGUCCUCAAUGUGGAGCAGAGAAGCCACUGCAGACGAACAGUACAAAUGAUUCAGUGACAGAUCAGGACAAUCAGUUUUUGUCAUGUAACAUUACGAAGCUUUUAUCAAAGCUGCGACUUCUGCAUGAAUUUCAAGACAACAGUGAACAGACACAGACGGAUCUGCCUGGUCAUGCGGCUGGAGGAGUGCCGACGAGUUCUCUUGCGUUGCGGAUGGCAGCACUCAGUGAGUUGCAGAACAUUACAAACUGAUUUGCUACUGUUUCAUAUUGGAAAACAAAGUUGAGAAAUUCGCACCACGUGGGUAUGCUUCUGUAUUGAGCCUCUGACAGAGUUGGAUAGGAAAUUCGAGAUGGUGGUAAGCAUUGUGAUGGUCAGGGACCAUUAUAUGGAUGUAACCAUUUCCGUAUUUGUUUGGAGUGUCUUGUUUUCCUUUUUUUCCCCUUUAUAGCAAAAUGUCCGUGUCCGUGAGUUGCUACGGUAAAAGAUUAAAAGAUUAAUUGUGUUUUUUAAACUUAUGAUAUGUUUUAUUUUCAUCACUAAA